UGAGUUUUCUGUUUUAGUUCGCGUGCACUAACCAUACUGAGCGGUCAUUUAGUGCUCACUAUUUUCGUUCACAAUACGUCUCGUGUUAUAAGUGCCUGUGAUUUGUUAUUAACUGUACGGAUGACUGAUAUUUCUAUAUCCUUUUUGGUGGACCGUGAAAAGCAAGGAGGCGUGAUGGAAAGUUGCUAUAAAUUGUACACAUGGAUCAACCAUACUUUGUUGAUGCUGCUAAUGCAAAUACUAUGGAAAAUAAGCCAAAUUUCUAACUACUUUAAACAAAAAUCCGUUGAAGAACAUAAGUCAGAAAGAACAUUCGUCUUAACACCUCUCACCAGAGACUACAAAUUUAGAAGACACAUACGUUCAAUGUCGGAUGUGCAAAACAGUACUCCAUAUAGAAUUCCUUACCGGUCUAAGAAAAACUUCUCACUCACCUACGACUCCGACACUAGGUCGAGAAGAUUGCCCUACUGUCUACCAUUCGACUCGUCAGAUUCUAGUGAUUUGUGCGAAUUACCAAAAAGAAGAAUAGAAUACGAGAUCUUAAAGCAUUCGGACUCAAUGCGCGUAUUGUAAGAACUUUGGUAUUGCUGACAGCACAAAUGUUACCAGCACAAGUAAAUGUUAGAAGGCUAACAUGCUUAUAUUUUUGACUACCCGCGUAGUUGUAACUGGAAUGUGAAUGUUUCAUUUUAAUAACGUCAAGUCGUCAAGAUGCCUGCAAGAAAAAAGCAUUUUCUUGAUAGUUUUGACAAUUGACAUUUAAGAGUCGAGCACGAUGUGAAUAUGAAUCCGUAUAUGCUAUUGAUUGUUAUUUGGAUCUUUAUAAUAUUGAAGUUUAUAAUUUUCACUUGUUUUAUAGCACUGCGAACAGAACGUUAUACCUAUAACUUCUUUUACAAGUAAAACUAAGACGACGAUCUCAGGAGAAAUGCUAUAAAUUAUAAAUUGUAUUUAUUAUAUUUCUUGACAGUUCUACUUAUAAUCUUUUCGCAAAUAACUGUAAUAUCUACUAUCACGCUGCAAUAGGAAAAAAUUCUAAUAAAAAAAAUAGUAAUUUUCCUCUUUAUAAUAUUUUGUUAAAAUUAACCUUUAGAAAUCGUUGACCUCGUAAUCGAUUAACGCAUACAAGUUUCAAAGAGAAUUUAUGUAUAGAACCUAAAAUAGUUAUCAGUUGAUAAAAAAUUGUACUAAUCUCUUCAUUGGAACUACGAAAGAUAAGCUUUAAAUUAUUCUGGAGGUUGUUUGUGAAUUGAAAAAUAUAUAUUGUGAAGGCACAGGAAAAUUAAAAAAUGCAUUAACACAGGCUAUAUAUAAAUACACAGCUCUAGGUUGUCUUUGCUUAUGGUAUAUAUAACAAAUCAUAAUUUGUCUUGAAGCUGUUAUUAUUGUUAAGAUCAUAAGCUGUACAUGCUUGACUAAUUACGUUUAACUUUUGUGUUGGUUAAUGUGUCCAAUUACUACGAAUAACUAACCUAAGUGAUUAAAUGAGACUGUGAUCGUGUUAGGAUAAUAACUGUAAUUAUUUAAACAUAAGAAAGGAUGUAGUUAAGUUAAUUAUUAAGUAUAAUAUGUAAUAAUGUCUAAUAUGCCAUAACAUUUAUUUUUGUCUAAUAAGACUGUCUCUAAUAUAGACGAAACGACGCAAAUCUGUAAUUAUUUUAAUCAAUUUAAAAUUAUAUAAAAGUCCAUUAUUAUAUAUAAUAUUAUGAUUUAAAUAAAAAUAACUUGUUGACUAACAUGGUUGGUAAAUUAUUUAUAACUUGCUAUGUGAAAAGUUAAAAUAAUGCCUUCUGAAAAUGUAAAACUUUCAUCAGAUAAAUUGAUGAGUCUUAAAUGACAACAAUCCAACCGUUUAUAAAAAAAAAAACAUUAAAAUUCUAUAAUUAAUUAUUAUUUUGAAUGUUUUCCUACCAAUAAUAAAAUUUGGAUAAAACCAAAACAACCAUUGUUAUAAUAUUUUGUUUUUAUUCUGAUUGGAGAAUAUUAUGCCAUAAACAAUAUUCAAUCCAAUUUUUUGUAUGGCAAUAGUUAUAACUUUAAAUUCAAUUUAUUCACAAUUAAACUGUAUUCACACUAUGUAUGGUAGGUAUUGAGUUAAUCUUGAUACCUAUGACAUGCGGUAUCAACAGAAGUGUUGAUACCUAAACUCUAUCAACCUGACUAAUUAUUACUUUGAAGGUAAAGGAAAUUUUGUGAAAAUAAAUUUAUUUUAUAAUAUUUGAA